AUGAAGGCCAACUUUGCCCUUCUGGCUCUCACUGCCAGCCUUGGCGAGGUCUCCGCUCACUGGGGUAAGUGGAAGGAGGCUCCUAAGUACACUCCUCCCCAAGCCAUCGACAACAAGUGUCAGGAGAACCAGAAGAAAGGCUGGUACUGGGAUGAUCUCCAGGUCGGUCAGUUCGAGAAGUACAACGAUUUUGAUUUCAAGGGCUGGACCUGUGGAACCGAUAAGUCGAAGCGCGAUCUCACUGGCCGACACUUUGGCAAGUCUAUCUCUGCUGAGUGUGGCCCUGUCAAGGAGGCUGCUCCCUCUUUCGGAUGUGGCGCUGGCAGCAAGGAGAAGUCUUUCUCUCUGAAGAAGUUCCACGUCCGACCCGAGUUUGACUGCCGUCUCGAGUUCCACUAUGACAUGCCUGACGGCUCUACUUGCAAGCACCAGGCCGACUGCUCUAAGGACGGUACCGAUGUUUACAACAGCCAGUGUGGUGGUGCCAAGAACGUCCGCUUCGUCUACCCCAAGCAGCCCAACAAGCCCAAGGACAAGUGCCGUGUUGAGGUUCCCCAAAUCGACUUCGACUGUGACAAGCCUCAGCCUCCCAGCAACACCUACACCGUCCCCUCUGGCGAGAACACCAAGACCAUCCCCUAUGGUGACAACACCAAGACUGUCCCUGCUGGUGAGGAGACUACUACUGCUCCCGCUGGUGGCAACACCGAGACUGUCCCCUACGGUGAGAACACUGAGACUGUUCCCGCCGGCGAGCAGACCACCUCCGGAUCUUCUCCUGCUGAGACUACCUCCGCCCCUGUAGGCGAGAACACCGAGACUGUGCCUGCCGGUGAGAACACCAAGACCGUUCCUUCUGGUGAAAACACUGAGACCGUCCCCGCCGGCGAGCAAACCACUUCUGGUUCUUCUCCUGCUGAGACCACCUCCGCUCCCGUUGGUGAGAACACGGAGACUGUUCCCUACGGCGAGAACACCAAGACCUUCCCUGCUGGUGAGGAGACCAAGACUGUUCCUGCCGGUGAGCAGACCACCUCUGGCUCAUCUGGUUCCGAGACCACCUCUGCUCCUUCUGGCGAGACCACCGAGACUGUCCCUGCUGGCGAGAACACUGAGACCGUUCCCGCUGGUGAGAACACUGAGACUGUCCCUGCUGGCGAGGAGACCAAGACUGUUCCUGCUGGCGGCAAGACCACUUCCGGAUCUUCAGGCUCUGAGACUACCUCCGCUCCUUCUGGCGAGAACACCGAGACUGUCCCUGCUGGCGAGAACACCAAGACUGUGCCCGCUGGUGAGGAGACCAAGACCGUCCCUGCUGGUGAGAACACCUCCGUUAUCACCACCGUCUAUGACAGCACCUCCACCGUCUACACCACUGAGGUCAAGACCAUUACCUCUUGCGGCCCUGAGGUUACCAACUGCCCCGCCACUGCUGGUACCCCCGUUAUCGUCACUGAGACUGUCGCCAUCUCCACCACUAUCUGCCCUGUGACUGAGACUCUUACUGGCGACAAGCCUGGCCAGACCAAGCCUACUGAGGGUGGUGACAAGCCUGGUUACACUCAGCCUGCUGGUGAGAAGCCCACUGGUGACAAGCCUGCCAAGACCACCGAGGGUUCUUCCCCCAACGCUACCACUGAUGUCCCCGAGGAGCACACCACCAUUGUCACCAGCUACGACAGCACCUCUACCAUUUACUCUACUGAGGUCAAGACCAUCACCUCUUGUGGUCCUGAGGUCACCAACUGCCCUGUCACUGCCGGUACUCCUGCUGUUGUCACCGAGACUGUUGCCGUUUCCACUACCAUCUGCCCCGUCACCGAGACCAUUACUCACAAGGCUCCCAAGCCCGAGAAGACUGGCUCCGAUGAGAAGCCCGAGACCCCUAAGGCUCCCGAGGAUGGUUAUGACGUUCCCGAUGUCGUCCCCAGCUGCUUGAACACUUUCCUUGACUAUGUCGCCGACUGCAAGGACAACACCGAUGCUGCCUGCUACUGCCCCUCCAAGGACUUCGUUGCCAACGUCUUCGAGUGCCUCUACGCCCACGCUGAGAACGACGACACUGUUGCCCAGGCCGUCUCCUUCUUCCAGGGUAUCUGCGCUCCUUACGCCGAGAAGAACCCUGUCAUUGCCACCGGUGCCGACUCCGUCACUGAGCACAUCACUGUCACUGGCACUACCAUCAUCACCUCUGCUCACUACACCACCGUCGUUGUUGCUACCACCAUCACUGAGCCCGUUGUCGCCAGCGGUACCCCUGUUGAGGGUUCCUCCACUGUCAAGACCAUUGAGACUGAGAUCGUUGUCCCUGAGGUUGGCUUCACCUCCGGCCCUGCUGGUAACGGUCCCAUCCCUGCUCAGACUGCCCCUGCUACCGCUCCCGCUGCCGGUACUGAGGCCCCUGCUCCCGGCUACGAGGCUCCCGGCGCUGGUGAGACUCUCAUCACUGGCAAGCCCGCUGUCGGCACCGGUGGUCUCCCCGCUCCUACCGCUACUGGCGUUCCCGUGACUGCUGGUGCCGCUCGCAACGGCAUGGGCAUCGCCGCCGCCAUCCUGGCUGUUGCCAUUGCCCUGUAA